UGGCAGACGGGAGGAUCCGUAAGGUCUACGGUAUGGAUGCGUUGGUUCAUACCACGGCAGGCAGCGUGGGCUGUAAGAUAUGAUAUCUGGCUUCUGGGCAUAUUUGGAGGGUUGGCGUUGCGGGACUGUGGGAAUAUUCAACCAACGCCGGCCGGACGCGGCUGGCCAUUUGACUGCUGACCCAGUCAGUGGAGUGAGCGUGGAACCGGAGCGCGGGGUCGGAGCAGUGCCGGAUCUUGGUUUCGGCCUCGCGCAACAACAAUGCAUUGUUAAAGCCAUCUUGAAGCCGCUGCCCCGUCUCGCGGAAGCGCUAGCAGAAUCCCGGGCCGCAUGCCCCGCAGCGGCCCCGCGACCCCGCCGGAGUGUCUACACAGUAUUUCCGGGUCUGGUCCGCUGCACCGGUCACCGGCCGCACCGGCCGAACUCUUCAUUCACCGCGAUACUCAACGAGUGCAAAACAACACACAACUUAGAGAAGAUUCAUUGGGCAACGCUCAUCCCCCAGAGCAGCCAACCAAACACAAUGAAGUCCCAACAGGAAGUCGAAGCCGAUGUCCGUUCCUGGGGCUUCAGCCACGUCUUCACCUGGUCCGACGCCCCCAAUGCUUACUACCCUCCGCACAGCCACGCCGGCCUCACCACCCACGUGAUCCUGCGCGGCCAGCUCACCAUCGCCUACCCGCAGGACGGCGACGAGGAGCAGCGGGGAAAGAAGACGACGCACGGUGUCGGAGAGCGCAUUGAUGUGGAUGCCGGGCGUGUGCACGAGGUCUGGAUUGGCAGCGAGGGUUGUACCUAUGUGAUCGGAGAGUGAUGCCACUUCGUAUUCUGAUCGUUCAGCGCAAAUCGUCGUAGAGACGGAAGUCAAAGAGAUACUU